UCCCGGGCUACUUACGAUCUCGUAGAGGGUCUCAGUCGCUACCGAUCACGUCGCAGUGGUGUCUCCUCUGUGCUAGAUUCUUUCAAUCGGACUAUCGUCUCUACACGCACAUCACCUGCCCAUCUUGCUUACUCCGAUCGUUUUGAUGCCACUACUUGUAGUUUAACAACUUCUCCUCGGGCUACCCAGCUGCUUGGUGUUGAACAUCAAACAGUAUCGGAUUUACCUCCUGCUAUCUCUUCUUCAGCGGUAGCAGCUUUGGACAUUAAAAACCCUAUAAGGUCAUACAUUAGUGGAGUUGGUGGGGACAAUGCAGCUUCUGGGACAUUUAAUGCUGUUCAGACUGGAUCUGCUGUCUCCACAGCCACUUCAGUGUCACUGGCCACCAAUGGUAUCGUUGCUGAACUCACUUCCGGCCGCCAAACGCCCAGCUUUGGUCUCACUAUGGCACUCGGCUAA